GCCCCCCACUUUGCGCAAGAUAGAUCUUGCAGAAAUCCCCCGCCUCGCCACUCCAGAAUCGAAGAUACGCACUGAUGAAGACAUGGAGACCUGGCGCCAGUCUUGUGCAUAUCGCGACUACGCCAUCUUUCUGCGACGCUUGAACGAAUCGGUCGUGGGCGUGGACAUUCCAGAUUCCCCUGCUGCAACAAGUGAGCCGGUGACCAGGAUCGUCUCGCUGCUGGAUGCACUCGAUAGGUGGAUUGACGAGAUCCCGCCUUCUGCAUCGCCCCAGAGAUUCGGAAAUCUUGCGUUUCGGACAUGGGGUAAGCGUUUGGAAGAGGAGAGCGACAUGCUGUUGCGCGACCUUCUCCGUACCGAAUUCGCCGCGGUGGUGCCCCAGCUCAAACCGUAUCUCCUCACUUCAUUCGGUUCCUUUGGCCGCAUGGACUACGGGACUGGGCACGAGGCCUCGUUCGCACUCUUCCUACUUUGCCUCACCCUCAUCCGCUUCCUCGAUCCCAUUCCCGAGGAAGAACGAAGCGUCGUCCUCGUCGUGUUUCCUCGCUAUCUUCGCCUUACGUGGAGGCUGCAGGACGUUUAUAGGCUAGAGCCUGCGGGGAGCCACGGUGUCUGGGGUUUGGACGACUCGUCUUUUUUGAGCUACAUAUUUGGGAGCGGUCAGUUGCGCGAUCAGACAGCAGUUCCCGUAUCUGCCGUGUUGCAUCCUCCACUGCGUGAGAGCAACCUGUAUUUCAUGUCGAUCAUGCGGAUUCAUCAAGUCAAACGCGGCCCCUUCCACGAGCAUUCGUCUCAGCUCCACUCCAUUGCCACUGGCGUGCCCAAUUGGGCCAAAGUAAACUCUGGGCUGUUCAAGAUGUACGAGGCGGAGGUUCUGGGCAAACGCGUUGUGGUGCAACACAUCCCGCUUGGAGGGCUGUUGGAGUGGGACAAGGCCCCGGCGUUGAUGAGUUCACCCGGGACUGCAACGUCGGCUGUCGCCGCAUGGCACUCCAAUUCAAAUCUGCCCCCAGUCCGCGCGCGCAGGACGGAUAUUAGUAGGAUGGGCCCGUCGUCGAGUUCAUAAUGAAUCGGACUAUCCAUUUUGCAUGUAUAAUCGUUUUCGUUAACAUAGUCUGCCAACUACUUGCGACUGCA